AUGUCCCCCCUUUCUCCUCCUCCCACCUUCUUUCUGUCCCCUCUUCCCUGGGUCUCUCUGGCCAAUCCAGGAUGUAGGCCCUCGUCCCUCCUGUCCACUGGCCGCCCCAUCCCAGGGCCUAGACUUGGGCUCCCAGGGCCUCACAAAGUAAAUAAGCCAAGUGCAACGGAGGAGAUAAAGGGGGCCGGGGCCAGCUGGGGCUGGGAAAAGCCCGUAAAGAUAAGGCUGACAGCCCGGCUGGUCCUCAGGCCCCGGGCAGCAGGGAACAGGGCUUGCCCCGCAGGGCCGGCAACCGGACCCCCUCCGCCCACGGGCGGGUCCCGGGGCCUGGGCUGGGGAACCCAGGAGCCCCCGGGCGAGGGGACUCUGCGAGGUGCGGGUCGUUGGGCGCCCUGGCCCGAGACGCUGCAUUUGCCUGUAACUGGGGCCAGUCGGGACGGGCGCCCAGUGUCGGCUGGUCCAAGGUGCGGCCAGCAAGCGCGGGGCCAGGAGGAGGGGCCGCCCGGCCGCGAUGCUGCCUUGGCCACUAGGUCCUCUGCGGGACACUUGUCACACCCAGAACUGGGCAGCGGCGCCCUGCAGCUCGCGGCGGGCGGAGCCGGUCCGCCGCCGGGGUCCGCUGACCCCAAUCCACCGCCGGGGCUCGGCCCGGGGCCUUGCCGCGCUCUCCUCCCCCUCCUCGGGGUUCACCUCUUCCUUUCCUCCCGCUCAGGGAGCCGAACCCCGACAGCCCAGGAGCUCCCGCUAACGUCCUCUUCUUCCCGCCCGGCGGGCGUGGAGAGGCCGCCCCUGUGGUCCGCUCGGCCCAGCCGGUCCCGCGCGCAGCCCGAGCCCGCGGCCCGCGCUCGCCCCUCUCGGGGACCCUCUGCGGGCGCGGCCGGCAGGCUCCGCGCCUGCUGCCUGCAGCGGCCUCGUUUCCCGAGACCCGCGUUUUCCUUUUCACUCUGGAUCACUGGUGACCCGGUGCGCCCGGUCCCUCGCAGAGGAGGGCUCGCGCCCCGACCGCCGGGAGUCGGGCCGAGGCGGCAGCCAGGUCCCAGGCACUCCACGCCGCCCUGCUGUGGCCUCGGCCGUCCCAGGUCCUCGCCCCGGCCUCGUCCCUCGCUCUCGUUCCCGCUCACCCUCCUCCCCACCCUGCGGGCAAGCCCGGGCUCAGCGUGGCCCCGGUCCGUCCGCCUGGCUCCCGCGUCCCCGCCCGAACCCGCACUCACCCUAGCUGCGCUGCCGCAUGCGGGGCGCCUGCGGCCCGAGUCCACGGCAGGCUCGGGGCCGAGGGACGCGGGGCAGCCGGGGCUCCGAGUCGGCCGCUGGGUCAGGAUCCCGCUGCCGCCGCCGCCGCGCCCUCGGGGCCGGUCACAUCCCGGCUCUGGAGCGGCCCUUGAUCUCCGAGGCUGCUCUUUGGGGCCUCAGCUCCCUCCUCCUCCUCCUCCUCCCUGCGGGGACGCCCCCCCUCUGACGUCGACGCUGUCAAUCAGUCUGCGCCCGCCGCCCCCCGUGGAGGGGGUCUCCAGGGUCCCCAGGCUCCGCGGCCCCAGGACCCCAGCCCGGUGUGGCCGCCGCUCCCCCGCCGCGCGGCCCGGUGCCCUCCGCCCCGCCGGCCGCGCCGGGCUGGGAGCCCGCAUGGUUUAG